AAUCGCCACCCUCCAAGGAAUAAGGCAUCUCUACAAACAAGAUUAUUGCCGACCCUCAAGCAAUCGGCCGGAAACUGAUGGCUUGGAUCGGCGGUCCCCUUGAUGCACGUCUCAUUUUGCGGCUAUCGGAGCUCACCGCAUCAUUUUGAGCUCCACCGAUUCGCCAUCCCCCACUUUUGCUAACUUCAGGCUUACGUUCGGAUGGUACGCUUCAUCCCGCCUUUUCUAGCUUCUUAAAGGAGUGUGGGUAGGUGGGGUAUUUGGGACGUAGCAUUGCUGCUUUGUAUUCUCUAGAGAUAGCACCAUGGAGGAAGACGACUGCAUCAGCUACGACAAAGCUGUCGAGGAGCUUCGGGGGAGAGAGUAUCCUAUGCUUCGAGGGAAGCAUUCGCAUGAGCUUUGCCAAAAUACAGUGCUAACUCCUUCCAGGCACAACGUACCUCGAUCAUGCUGGGACCACUCUUUACGCGAAAUCUACCAUCGAACGCUUCUCAGACGACAUGAUCUCCAACCUAUACGGCAACCCACACUCUGCCUCUAACUCUUCGCAAUUGACCACGAAGAGGAUUGAAGAUAUCAGGCUGAAGCUGCUGAAGCUGUUUAAUGCUGAUCCAGAGCACUUUGAUGUCGUCUUUGUUGCCAACGCCACGGCGGGUAUCAAACUUGUUAUGGAAGCAUUUAAGGACCAAGAGAAGGGAUUUUGGUAUGGAUACCACCGAGACUCACAUACUAGUGUGAUUGGGGUACGUGAGACGGCAGCACAACAUCGCUGUUUCACUUCAGACGCCGAAGUGCGCCAAUGGGCAAACGAAUUGGACAAUGAGCCCAGACUCCCAGGACUAUUCGCAUACCCAGCUCAAUCCAACAUGAACGGACGCCGCCUGCCUCUGGACUGGUCACGCCGCAUUCGUUCUAACAAACAAGGGGCGGUGUACACUUUGUUGGAUGCCGCCGCACUUGUUUCUACUUCGCCCUUAGACCUUGGUGAACCCAAAAACGCGCCUGACUUCACGGUCCUCAGCCUGUACAAGAUGUUUGGCUUCCCAGAUCUUGGUGCGUUGAUUGUCCUAAAGGAGUCGAGUAAGAUACUUGACACUCGACGUUACUUCGGUGGUGGCACCGUGGAAAUGGUCGUCUGCUUGAAAGAACAAUGGCAUGCGAAGAAGUCAGAGACGCUACAUGAGCGAUUUGAGGAUGGGACUUUACCCAUCCAUAGCAUCAUGGCUUUGGAUACAGCUAUGAGUGUGCACCGGGAUCUUUUUGGCUCACUCGCCCGAAUCUCAAAGCAUACCGCCUUCCUCGCCACAAGGCUGUACGAAGACUUGUUUUCUCUACGGCAUAGCAAUGGAAUCGCUGUCUGUAAGAUAUACAAGGAACCAACAUCGGCAUAUGGAGACACUCGGACGCAGGGUCCAAUCAUCGCUUUCAACCUUCGCAACCAUCUCGGCGGUUGGGUCCGUAACGCAGAGGUUGAAAAACUUGCCGCAAUCAAAAACUUCCAAUUACGAACAGGAGGGCUUUGCAACCCAGGCGGCGUGGCGUCUUCCCUCGGUUUGGCGCCGUGGGAGAUGAAAGAGAAUUUUUCGGCCGGGCAACGCUGUGGGAGUGAUAACGAUAUCAUUUGUGCGAAGCCCACAGGAAUGAUCAGAGUCAGUCUCGGCGCAAUGAGUACACUGAAAGAUGUCUGCUCAUUCGUUGACUUUCUUCGGGAAUUCUUCGUGCAUGAUCGCCCACUAUCAGCUACGCCGCCAGUGACGACUCCAUGCACAGAGCCACCAACACAAAGCUUAUUUCAUGUGGAGAGUAUUUCGGUAUAUCCCAUCAAGAGCUGUGCCGCAUGGAGCGUGCCGCCCGGCGAGCCAUGGGAGGUCCGUAGAGAAGGCCUUGCUUGGGACCGUGAGUGGUGUCUUGUUCAUCAAGGCACAGGCACAGCGCUGAGCCAGAAGCGCUAUCCAAAAAUGGCACUCAUUCGGCCAGUCAUUGACUUAGAGAAAGGUCUCUUACGCAUACAAUUGUCAGGUUCCUUGCGAAAUGUCGUGUCGACCCCCGAAAUCACUGUUCCUCUCUCAGCUGACCCGCUACUGUUUUCUGAUAAGGCAAUGUACAAGGAUACAACGACCAAAGUUUGUGGGGACUCCAUAAGCACAAAAACGUACAGGUCAGGAGGAGUAUCGGCAUUCUUCACUCAAGCCCUUGGAGUGGCUUGUCAUCUCGCCCGCUUCCCAGCCGUCGGUAACGGGAGAGGUCCAGUGACUUCGUCCAGACAUGCGAAAGCUCAUUUACAAAAAUACCAAAAGGCGGGCGGCAUGCACCUACCCGGCGCUUUCCCAGAUACGAGGUUGCUGGCGCCAGGCUGUGGCGUGUCGAAGCCGAUUCUUUUGUCAAAUGAGAGCCCCAUUCUUAUUAUUUCGAGAUCCAGCCUCAACCGUCUUAAUGAGCUGAUCAAAGCUGAGGGCGGCAAGGCGGCGCAAGCGGAGGUCUUUAGAGCGAACAUUGUCGUUGCAGAGAACCUCGAUUGUCCACCCGGGGCGGAACAGCCCUAUACUGAAGAUGAUUGGCGGUAUCUCCAGAUCGGUCAGCAGUAUUUCGAGAUGCUGGGUCCGUGCCGCCGAUGCCAAAUGGUCUGCGUGGACCAGUACACGGCAGAGCGGAAUCAAGAACCCUUUGUCACCCUAUCCAAGACUCGUCGGUUUGACGGGAGAGUCUACUUUGGCGAGCAUACCGCUCACGUACCCGCGAACGAUGGAGGAUCACUACUAGCCCAAAACCCUACAAUUACCGUUGGUGACACUGUGCAUCCGUUCCCGGAAGAGGAAGCGGAGGAAGCCUUACGUUUACAAUCUCUCGUGAGUUGAAAGCGUCUAUGCAUUUCCGUUUCAAGUUGUCCACUGUUCUAUCAGAACGUUUCUAAACAUAGCUGCACCUCAACUUCAGCAGUGGCUUGCAUGCUAGAACUCGUCUCG